GUGCUCAGACAUCAGGCGUUUGUCAUCCACGGACCCUUUAUAAAUGGCGAAUCCCCCUGGCACAGUCACCAGUCCCUUCCUGACGAAGCAGAACGAGAGAUUUCAACUUCUAGUAUUCCAGAAAUGGCUCGCCUCGCCGUAAUUUCGUUUGUCUCUGUUCUCGUAGUUUACGUUCUUGCUGACGAUCGGGCCCUUAAAGGUGAGGCCCUUGCUAACCGUCGGGACCUUGAAGGUGAGGCCCUUGGAGGUUGGGCCCUUGCUAACCGUCGAGCCCUUAAAGGUGAGGCCCUUGCUGGCGAUUGGGCCCUUAGAGGUGAGGCCCUUGCUAACCGUCGGGACCUUGAAGCCCUUGCUAACCGUCGGGACCUUGAAGCCCUUGCUAACCGUCGGGACCUUGAAGGUGAGGCCCUUGGAGGUUGGGCCCUUGCUAACCGUCUUGCCCUUAAAGGUGAGGCCCUUGCCGACGAUUGGGCCCUUAGAGGUGAGGCCCUUGCUAACCGUCGGGACCUUGAAGCCCUUGCUAACCGUCGGGACCUUGAAGGUGAGGCCCUUGGAGGUUGGGCCCUUGCUAACCGUCGGGCCCUUGGAGGUUGGGCCCUUGCUAACCGUCUGGACCUUGAAGGUGAGGCCCUUGCCGACGAUUGGGCCCUUAGAGGUGAGGCCCUUGCUAACCGUCGGGACCUUGAAGCCCUUGCUAACCGUCGGGACCUUGAAGCCCUUGCUAACCGUCGGGACCUUGAAGGUGAGGCCCUUGGAGGUUGGGCCCUUGCUAACCGUCGGGCCCUUAAAGAUGAGGCCCUUGGAGGUUGGGCCCUUGCUAACCGUCGGGCCCUUAAAGAUGAGGCCCUUGGAGGUUGGGCCCUUGCUAACCGUCGGGACCUUGAAGGUGAGGCCCUUGGAGGUUGGGCCCUUGCUAACCGUCUUGGCCUUAAAGGUGAGGCCCUUGCCGACGAUUGGGCCCUUAAAGGUAAGGCCCUUGCUAACCGUCGGGACCUUGAAGCCCUUGCUAACCGUCGGGACCUUGAAGCCCUUGCUAACCGUCGGGACCUUGAAGGUGAGGCCCUUGGAGGUUGGGCCCGUGGAGGUUGGGCCCUGGGAGGUCGGGCCCUUGAAGGUUGGGCCCGUGGAGGUGGGGCCAUUGGCCAGCCACCCACCUUCGUCUGUCAAGAAGAUGGCUACUUCGCCGACUUCCAUAGGAGCUGCACCGUUUACUAUCGCUGCGAAGGUGGUGUAAAGCAAACGUUUGAAUGCCCAACCGGUGAACUCUUCGACGAAGGGAAGGCCACGUGUGUCCCACAAGAGGACGUUCAGUGUCCUUAUCCUAAAGCAGCUAGACCGAACCUCUCAUGGAUGCAGUGGAACUCAAGUCUGUCUCAAGAUGAACUCCGUACCUGACCAUGGCAUGAUGACCUUGAUAACACUGAAUAUCAUUCUUGGAUAAAGAUUUGCAUUUAAGCUGUUUAUAGAGAACUUUCUUAAUGUGUAACUUUGUCUCAAUAAAUAUGAAUUGCAGCAAUGUCA